AUCAACAAUAUCAUCUCAAAUCUCCCUUUGUCGCUCUAAUAUCAUAAAAUGCAGUUUCUCCUUUGCUUCUUGAUCUUGUACAUCCUUCUCGUUUUGCUCUUUAGAUUCAUACACAACAACAGAUGGAUUCCGUUGAGAAUCCAACACCACUUCAAGAGGCAAGGCAUAGGAGGCCCCGGAUACCGUCUGAUGUUCGGUAACACGGCUGAGAUCAAUCGGAUGUAUGCAAAAUCACAGCCAAUAUCAACUUGUUUUACUCACGAUGUUGUUCUUCAAAGAGUGCUACCGUACUACUACGAGUGGUCACGCGUGUAUGGGAAGACGUUCCUUUACUGGUUCGGGUCAAAGCCGAGGUUGGCUGUAUCGGAUCCACAAAUAAUUAAGGAGGCUCUCAUGAAAACUGAUGAGUGCUCUUUCGGGAAGGUUGGUUUCACUCCCCUCACGAAGCAGUUGUUCGGCCAGGGGCUUACUGGUCUUAAAGGUGCUAAAUGGGCUCUUCAUAGAAGGAUAACCAAACAGGCCUUUUACAUGAACCAAAUUAAGGAUUCGGUUCCAGAAAUUGUGGCUAGUACCACGAAAAUGUUAGAGAAUUGGGAGGAAAUUAGAGGAGAAAGAGAAGAAUUUGAAGUAGAAGUGAACAAAGAAAUACAUGAUCUCUCAGCUGACACAACAACUAAGAUAAUUUUUGGAGGAAGUUAUGAAGAAAGGAAGCGAAUUUCUGAAUUACAAGAUCAACAAUUGCAUCUAUUCACUCGAGCUGUAAGAAGUGUCUACAUUCAAGGAUUCAGGUUUUUGCCGACCAGAGACAACAUGCAGAGGUGGAGAUUAGAGAAGGAAACUCGUGAAUCGAUACGGAAGCUAAUUGAUGCAAACAGCAAAGUCAAAGAAAAUUCGAAGAGUCUGCUUAGUUUACUAUUGUCUUCGUACAAGAAUCAAGAUGGUGAAGAUGAGAGAUUGUCUGUGGAUGAAGUCAUUGAUGAAUGUAAGACAUUCUUUUUUGCAGGAAAGGAAACAAAUGCAAAUCUUAUUACUUGGGCACUUCUCCUUUUAGCACUGCAUCAGGAAUGGCAAAUUAAGGCACGAGAAGAAGUCGUCCACGUUUGUGGAGCCAAUGGAGUUCCAGUAGCAGAGAAUGUGCAAGAUUUUAAGAUUUUGAGCAUGAUAUUGAAUGAAACGUUUCGGCUUUACUCACCAAUCGUGAUGCUGGUGAGAGAAACAUUAGAGAAAGUUAAGAUAGGAAGUAUUGACAUCCCUCCUAAAACACAACUGUUUUUGGCCUUGACUGCUACAAAUCAUGAUACUGAUAUAUGGGGAGAAGAUGCCAAUGAGUUCAAUCCGCUGAGGUUUAAGGAGUCUCGUAGCCGUGUAGCUUCACUAUUCCCGUUUGGGUUAGGUCCCAUAGGUUGCCUAUCUCAAAAUCAAGCCAUUUAUGAGGCAAAGAUUGUUCUGGCUAUGAUCGUCCGGCAAUAUUCAUUUGUGGUAUCACAGACAUAUGUGCAUUCUCCGACGCUGCAGAUAACCCUACGCCCUCAAUAUGGAGCACAAAUCCUCUUUACCAAGAUUCAAAAGUGAUCGAGGAUAUGUUACUAUGUUGAUUGGUCGUAUUAGCAAAUGAUGACAGUGUUGAACGACUUGUUAAUAUUAACCAUAUUUGAAACACUAUUCACGUAUCUGGCAAUACACUGAUUGUUCAUAAAAAUAUUAAUUUUCCUUCUCAAUUGAACAAAAUGAAAAGACUA